AUGUCUUCUGUCUUCAAAUGCAAGCCAGCCAUCUCCAGAACAAAAUUCGAAAAUUCACCUGUCGAAGCUCUCCGCUUUCUCGACCUGAUUGAUAUCUCAAUAUGGGCGAAUCCUCCCACAGAUGAUUCUGUUAUUCUCGAAGCCAUCUCAGAGAAGAUUGGUACAGAGUCUGCUCGAGUUUGGUACAAUGAAUUGGCUGGUACUAUCUAUCCCCGCCCUCUUACACUCGAUGAUUUCCGCCAGGCACUCCUGAGAGAUUAUCAUGUCGAGAACUAUCAGGCUGUGAUGGCACGAUAUGAUGAUGAACGCAGCUACUUCAAGUCUCAGGAAUUCCUGCUCAAGGUUAGCUAUCAUGAUUCGAUUGAGGGAUUACAGGACAGGAUCAAGUUUAGGGACAGCAAAGCACUGGAAGACCAGCAGAAUUUCAACGAAUUAGCGGCUACGCUUGAAUCCAUUAUUGCGGAAAAGGACGCUAGAAUCAAGGAAUUGGAGUUUAGGCUCCCUGAGACCGAAAGAGCAACUAACGUUGCUAUUAACCCAAUCACCAUGUUUGGGAAGAGAAUUGAAGAGGCGAGGAGGAAGCUUAAGGAAGAAUUAAAAAUUAAAGAACCUGAAGUUGCUCAACAUGAAAUGACAUCAUGCUGUCAUACCAGCCCAGGGGUUCCCUGUAAUUGUCCAGAUUCUCAGGAUCACACGCAAUUAGUGCGUUUCUCAGCUCCUAAAGCUUUACUCACCAGGUCUGUCCAAUGGCAUGGCCCAUCCUCCCUUGAAAACAUCGCUGAGCCAGCCCCGAACCCCACACCCCAAAGAGAGAACUCAGUAACCCGGCCUCGCUCUUUUCUGGAUAAUAUCAGGUUCAACAAUGGCGGCAGGGCAUUUUCUCCUCGCUCGUCAGUUACAACUACCACAAUAGAUGGUUCAGUUUCAGUCGACUGCGAUGAAUUACAGGCUGAGUGGGACAAAGAAUUUCCGAACUCGCCUUAA